ACAGCAGCAUCAGCAGCAGACGCCACAGUCCGCGCGCCGGACCGCAUCGUAACGCUUAUUCCCGCCCAUUCGGAGGGUUGACUUUGAGGCGUUAAUCCAAGACGUUUCGGCGUUUAAAACGAAAAAAGAAGGCUCCCAAAGCAGGGCCGUGUGAUCACAGGCGAGAGACAACUCCUCCGCCGAUGUCAUUUCCGCGUCCGCUGCUUCUGUCGUGGCUCGGCUGGGCCUCCAAAGGUGUCCGAAGCGAAAGCCGACAACGAGACGAUGAAUGAAUGAAUGCAUGAAUGUGCUGCCGUCCUCCGGGGAACGAGGGAGGCUCCGCGCGCACGGAUGUCCUCCAACAUCCUCAGUAUUAGCACAGUUUGAUUCUUCCUCGUCGCGUUAGUGUUAUUCUUCUUUGCUGAUCUGCUGUCAUUGUCACCCAGUCCCACCUGCUGGUCCAACCCAAGGAAGGAAGGAAGGACCGCUUUGACUGUCAAAGGCUUUCAUUUUACUUUUGUAUUUUUUUUUUUUUUUGUAGUUAGCAGCUGCUUGAAUUGGCUUUUUGAGGAGGGCAGAGGACACAAUCAGAAGGGACAAGGCAGAGAAAGGACGCCACUGAUUUGCCACCAGCCUGUGAGGACUUCAAUUGACCAGGUGCUGACGUAGAUGACGUCACUAGGACGGGACAUGACAGGUCGCAAGGGGAUGGACCAUAACGGGACCACGGCUGUGGAAGCCAAUGAAAAAGCCUUGCCUCCGCACUGACCUGGCGCCCCCGCAGAGGACCGCCCACCCUCUACAGCGCCCUCAGCACCCUCAUCCAUGUUCUCCUUUCACAUGGUCAGAGAAGCUCCUUUUGUAUUUUUUAUAACGUCUGCGUGUCGCUUCAGUCAACCGGCUUUGGACUCCGCUGCCUUUUGAUGAUCACGUCAUCAGCAGCCAUGUUUUUAUUUGUAGUUGCUAGCAAAGAAGAGAGAAAAAGGUCCGUCAUGGCCGACUGGUGCUUGAUGGGCCUUGCCCUCUUCAGCCUGGCCUUCAGUCAAAAAGUGGACCCGUCCAAGCACCCUGUGGUCACCACCAACUACGGCAAACUGCGAGGAAUAAAGAAGGACCUCAACAACGAAAUCCUGGGCCCGGUGGAGCAAUACUUGGGCGUGCCCUACGCCACCGCCCCAAUCGGCGACCGCCGCUUUCAGCCGCCCGAAGCCCCGGGCUCGUGGCAGGAGAUCCGCAAUGCCACCCAGUUUGCACCCGUUUGCCCCCAAAACGUGCACGGGGUGCUGCCGGAGAUCAUGCUGCCCGUGUGGUUCACAGACAACCUGGACGUGGCGGCGGGCUACAUCCAGAACCAGAGCGAGGACUGCCUCUAUCUCAACGUCUAUGUGCCGACCGAGGAUGGUCCGCUCACAAAAAAACUCGAUGAAUCUUCAGCCAACAAGCCUCGAGAUGAAGACAUUCGCGACCGCAGGAAAAAGCCUGUGAUGAUGUUCAUUCACGGAGGCUCCUACAUGGAAGGCACCGGAAACAUGUUUGACGCCAGCGUGCUCGCCGCCUACGGCAACGUCAUCGUGGUGACCAUUAACUAUCGUCUUGGCGUGCUGGGUUUUCUCAGCACCGGCGACCAGUCGGCCAAAGGCAAUUAUGGCCUCCUGGACCAGAUUCAGGCGCUGCGCUGGCUCAACGAGAACAUCGGCCACUUCGGGGGAGACCCGGAGAGGAUCACCAUCUUUGGGUCGGGUGCCGGGGCGUCCUGCGUCAACCUCCUCAUCCUGUCCCACCACUCAGAGGGGCUCUUCCACAGGGCCAUCGCCCAAAGUGGAACGGCCAUCUCAAGCUGGUCGGUAAACUACCAGCCCUUGAAAUACACCAAGAUCCUGGCCCGCAAGGUGGGCUGCACCUACACCGAAACCGCCGACCUGGUGGACUGUCUGAGGCGCAAAAACUUCAGGGAGCUGGUGGACCAGGACAUCCAGCCGGCUCGCUACCACAUCGCUUUUGGCCCCGUUGUGGAUGGAGAUGUGGUACCCGACGAUCCUGAGAUCCUCAUGCAGCAGGGGGAGUUCCUGAACUAUGACAUGCUGAUCGGUGUGAAUCAAGGCGAGGGGCUGAAGUUUGUGGACGACAGCGAGGACAACGACGGCAUCUCAGCAGCGGCGUUUGACUACACCAUCUCCAACUUUGUAGACAACCUCUACGGCUACCCCGAAGGCAAAGACAUCCUGAGGGAGACCAUUAAGUUUAUGUACACGGACUGGGCAGACAGGGACAAUGGCGACAUGCGGCGAAAAACCUUGCUGGCGCUGUUUACGGAUCACCAGUGGGUGGCGCCAGCCGUGGCCACGGCCAAGCUCCACGCAGAGUUCCAGUCGCCCGUUUACUUUUACACCUUCUACCACCACUGCCAGACCGAGACGCGGCCUGAGUGGGCUGACGCCGCCCAUGGCGACGAGAUACCGUAUGUUUUUGGUGUGCCCAUGAUUGGCGCCACAGACUUGUUCCCGUGCAACUUCUCCAAGAACGAUGUAAUGCUGAGCGCUGUGGUGAUGACAUACUGGACCAACUUUGCCAAGACUGGGGAUCCCAACUUGCCAGUGCCCCAGGACACCAAAUUCAUCCACACCAAGCCCAACCGCUUUGAAGAAGUCAUCUGGACCAAGUUCAACUCCAAGGACAAGCAGUAUCUUCACAUUGGCUUGAAACCCCGUGUCAGAGACAACUACAGGGCCAACAAGGUGGCCUUCUGGCUGGAGUUGGUGCCCCAUCUCCAUAAUCUGCAUGACGAGCUGUUUCCGACCACUCCCCGCUCCCCACUAGGCCCGGGCACCGGCCCCGGCACACCUAGAACCAGAACUACAGGCCCUCGCACCACUCACCGCCCCUACCCUACCUUCCCUUAUGACCCGGAGCCCGAUAGUUCCGAGCGUCCUCCCCGGGUUCUUUUUCCCGGUGACACCCGCGACUACUCCACGGAGCUGAGCGUGACGGUCGCCGUGGGAGCGUCCCUCCUCUUCCUCAACAUUCUCGCCUUCGCCGCCCUCUACUACAAACGCGACAAGAGGCACGAGAUGCGGCGCCACCGUCUCUCUCCUCAGCGGGGCGGCCCCGCCAAUGACCUGGCCCACAGUCAGGAGGAGGAGAUCAUGUCUCUGCAGAUGAAGCAUUCCGAGCAUGACGCUCACCACGACAUGGAGCCCCUGCGGCCCCACGACAUCCUGCGCCCAUCGUGCCCCCCCGACUACACGCUGGCGCUACGCCGGGCCCCAGACGACGUGCCUCUGAUGACACCCAACACAAUUACCAUGAUCCCCAGUACCAUCACCGGCAUGCAGCCUCUCCAUGCCUUCAACACUUUCCCUUCCACAGGCCAUAACAACACCCUACCACACCCCCACUCCACCACCAGGGUAUAGUAUGGCCUGACCUGACACAGCAGCACCCAAGGAAGACUGGCCGUGCGAAUCAUCGAGAAGUCCCCUGGAUGUGAGGUUUGACUGUCAAAGAACUACUCCACCUCCUCCGUCUUGUGCUGCCAAGCUGAGCAGCGCCCUCCAAUGGUGGCAUGCGAAGACGCAACUGAACUGCAAUGCAGCAAGUUUGGGAGAAACUACUAUUUUCAAGGAGGGUUUUCAAACCAGAGCCCCUUACCAUUUCUUGAAUGGACCUCUCGCCUUUUUAUUCUUUAUUGAUGUCUUGCUUCAUUCCUGAGUGUGUCAUUCUUAUUUUUCCUACAUCUGAAGCCCACUUUUGACAUGUGGCCCUGUCCAGUACUCUAUUGGACUAAAGUUUCCUAAAAAGGUGGUAAUCUUAUAUCUUCUACUUUCAUUCUACCAGCAUUUUUGGUGCCAAGGUCACAGUUGCAUUCUAGUGAAGAAGAAAAACAGCUACUGUAUAUUUACUGUCCACUAACAAACGUGACAAAAGUGCCAAACUGGCCCUUGAUUGUGUUUUCCUUUUCCUCCACCGCCUGUCUCUGUCUUUCUACCAUGUCCUUAAUUGUUGUUUCAUAUGUGCAAACAACUUUAGUUUUUGCUGAAAUUAUAUAGAGAAAUUAUAUAUAUAGUUAUAUACGUGUACAAACGAGAAAGUCUAUCGUUUUGCGGUGGGGGGC